GAUAUCGCCCGCGACCUGAAAGAUUCUUCAGCAUUCGGCUUUCCAGAGUCCACUAACAAGCAGCCAAAAUCCAAAAACCAAAAUCCCAAAGGCCAAAAGCUUCAUGGAGACGCGUCGCGUCUCAGGUGCCGUCCCAAGGUUCCGUCAGGUCGGCUUCUUCACGCCAAACGCACCUCCGGAAGCCAACGGUCCGCCAGCGCCAGGCCGGACUCAGUCUGCUCCGCUCGGCUCAAACUCGCCGCCACUAUCCGAUUCUCCCGCCAGUAUCUCGCUCUUUCCGGUCAUGAUCCCGCCAUCGCGUCACCUAUCGGACAAUCUUGCCUUGCACACCGCUGCCGUUCCGGUUCCUGGGCGGACAACCACUGGAGAACACGUGGUUGUGGGGAGCUACAACUCGUCCGAGUUGGUCCUCGAAUUGGAGUCGUCCAUGAGUCAGACUGGUGAUGGAGACUGCUCGGAGGAGAUGGAGUUGUCCUCGGGGUUUUUCCGGAGAAGCAACUCUGCAAAAUUCUCUUCUAGUUUUCCGGGCGGCGGUUUUGAUUUAUCGUCAAUGAAAGAACCGGAGCAUGUUGGUGAAGUGGGAGCAAAGAAGACUUUUCAGGUUCCUGAGAAAAGUGGAGGGACUGUGGAAGAGGUGCACAUUGAACCACCUUCAAGUUCAAAACCGCAGAAAGCAAAAACAACAAAAGCUGAGAGACGUGCCAAACAGGAAGCUGAUCGAGCAGCAAAAGCUGCUGUGAGAGCAGAGGAAAAGAAAUCAGCUACAGUUGCCACUUCUCGGGAAGCAGGCAAACCUCUGAAUCAGCCCUCAACAAAGAAAGAUAUUCCCUCAGCUGCACCUUCAAUCACAGCUUCUCAAAAGAGAGGACUUGAUCGCCCAGCAGAGAAAGAGAGGAAGAAAGAUCCUCCUCCCCCACGUAUGCAAUUUGAUGAUAAGAGUCGAGUUGAGAAGGCAAAAAGGCGAUCGGUAGUCAAUCAAACUGAAGCCAGGAACAGAGUUGAAUUGUUUCGCCAUCUGCCCCAAUAUGAACAUGGAACACAGCUACCCAGUUUAGAGUCUAAAAUUUUCCAUCUGGAUUCAAUACAUCCUGCUGUAUACAAGGUAGGAUUACAGUAUUUGGCAGGAGAUAUAGUUGGUGGUAAUCCACGCUGUAUUGCAAUGCUUCAGGCAUUUCAGGAAGCUAUUAAAGAUUAUUCCACACUGCCUGAAAAGACUCUUAUUAGAGAUUUAACUGCCAAAAUUAGUGGUUAUGUUUCUUUCUUGAAUGAAUGCCGGCCACUGUCUAUGAGUAUGGGAAAUGCAAUCAGGUUUUUGAAGAGUCGUAUUGCCAAAUUACCUUUAACUUUCUCUGAAUCUGAAGCAAAAGCUGCCCUUCAUUCAGACAUUGACUGUUUCAUAAAUGAGAAGAUUGUCCUUGCUGAUAAGGAAAUAGUUAGACAUGCUGCAACUAAGAUAAGGGACAGUGAUGUUCUUCUGACAUAUGGAUCAUCAUGUAUUGUUGAAAUGAUUCUAUUGCAUGCACAUGAGCUAGGAAAACAGUUCUGUGUUGUGGUGGUAGACUCACGUCAACUUGAAGGUCAAAAGCUACUGAAGAGGCUGGUGACAAAGGGCCUGAGCUGUACAUAUGUUCAUAUAGUUGACGUAUCCUAUAUUAUGCAUGAAGUCACACGAGUUUUUCUAGGGGCUUCCUCAGUAUUAGCCAAUGGAACUGUAUAUUCAAGGGUAGGGACUGCAAUUGUUGCAAUGGUUGCUCAUGAAUUUCAUGUUCCAGUACUGGUCUGUUGUGAAGCUUAUAAAUUUCAUGAAAGGGUACAACUUGAUUCAAUAUGCUUUAAUGAACUUGGUGAUCCAAAUGAUAUUUCUAAGGUCCCUGGAAGACCAGAUGUUAAGUAUCUGGAUAAUUGGACUGACAAAGAAAAUCUUCAACUUCUGAAUUUAAAGUACGAUGCUACUCCUUCAGAUUACAUCUCAAUGAUUGUCACAGAAUAUGGCAUGAUUCCAACAACAAGUGUGCCUGUCAUUGUGCGCGAGUAUCAGAAGGAGCAUCUGUUGAUAUAGGAAUAUUCAGCAUGGAUGGCAUUCUUGGGUAAAUAAUGCUUUUCAAUUAUUACAGUUAAUGAUAUAAUUUCACAGAAGAUAUAUUGCGUAGGGCAUUACUUUUUUACAGUUAGCUGACUGGUUUCCUAACCAUUCUUUACACAUUGAAUGAGCUUUAGUUUGAGUUUCUCCAGUGAAUGCUGCAUAAUUGUUUGAUUUUUGGGCUUUCCUGGUGGUUUAGAGAUGUUUUCACGAAUCAUAGAUAAAGUGUCGUGCAUGUGUUCUGGAAAUUAAAGAUGCAAACGAGAUGUUUUUGCCCUCAUUAAUUUUUUUAAUGAAGUUAUUCUCAUUAU